GACGUACUCAUUGGAGGUACUUUGUUUUUCACUGAAGCGUUAUCGGUCCUCGAGGCCUCAUCACUUUCGGUAGAAAUGUCUGCCAAAUGAACAGACGUGACGCUUUAUUUACUUCUUCUCGACGUCCGUGAUAAAUUGUGUGUCUGAAAACCUUCAUAAACACUCUCGAUCUCUCUCCCUCUCUCAAUUCCUUCCCACGGGGGGAAUAAUUCUGCAGAUUGUGAAAUUUCCUGGGAUCAAGUUCAAGUAUUCGAUUUGGAAAAACCUAGAAGCUUUCUACUCUGACAUUUCCGAACGUCAAGCCAAGUUAAAGAUGUUUCUGAUUUGGAUGAACGAGAGAGCGAGAUAAAGUGAGACACACACACACACACAGUAUCUAGAAGGUGGAGUGUGUUUUGACCAAUGAGCUACAGAAACACGCACAAACGCACAGUUUCCUUCUCGUAGUCAGGUCCGUUAGUCGGUUUUAGACUGAAACCCGGUGUAAAUUGCUCUGUGAGCUCCGUUUUAGUGCUCGUGUUGCGGCAGCACUAUGGUCUCGAGUGUUCUGUGGAUCUCGGUUGCGACGCUGGCGUUUCUGCGCCUCGCGGAGACAGGUUCUGAGUAUGCGUUGCUGCAUGAAGGAGAAAAAUGUGGAGAAUACGACCAGGGCAGGUGCGAAUCCGGUCUCAUCUGCGUGCCUGACAAUCCCGAGCCCGAGUUAUUCAACGCAGUAGGAGUGUGCACCAGGGUUCCGGGUUGUAACUGCUCCGAGUUCCAGUGUUUGCCGAGGCAAGGCUGUCGAGGUCGUCAGGUGAUCGAUCCGUGCGGGUGUUGUACACACUGCGCCAAGACAAAGGGGCAGGUGUGCGGCGGGCCGAGCUGGAGAUACGGUAACUGUGAUCCGGAUUUGGUUUGCGCUCUUGUCGUGGGGCUCGAUUCGGCCAGACCUCCACAGACGGGCGUGUGCAAAGUGAUACCAAAACAUCUAAAAAAACACUUCCCCGUCCCUCUUUGUCCCGUUCAAAACGGUUGCAACGUGCACGUUGGGAAUUGUGACUGUUAUUCAGACCAGUCCUGUGACUCACCGUUCAGUUACAGCACCUACGAAGAAUGCAAUAAAAUUCUAAUGGCUUUCUUGAUGUAUGACUUUUAUGCCAACGACAUGGAAACGCCUCCCAAACCCGAGGUACCUGCAUAUGAGUGUAAGGAGUGGAGCUGUGAGGUUCAGGCCUGCGAGUGUGUGUGUCAAUAUAGAAAAUGUGUCUACAGGUUAGCUCCACUUAACGAGGCCGCCUGCUGCGACGUACUGAAGGAAUCUGGGUGCCUUAAUACGUCGUGUCCUGGGACUCCCACUCUGGCUUGUCCGGCAGACUCCUUCAUUAGUGAGCCCCACACCGAACCCGGUCACUGCUGCCCUGUUGUGCCUGCUAUGUGCACCUGCGACUUCCAGACCUGCACUCCAAAACCCACAUACUGCCCUAACCGCGGACUUCCCCGACUCCUUGUGAAGGGAAACGGCCACCCGGGGACCUGCUGCGACCGCUACGAGUGUGUGAAAGAAGGAGAUUAAUUAGCACGUGUAAUAUAAUACACACUUUUAUCUUAUUAUCCUUGUGAAACUAACCGUAACCUCACUAACCGUAACCUUAACCUCAGUAACCAAAAGGAAACAUUUCGGCUCUGGUAGAUUUAUUUUUCAUUUCAGGCAAACACCUUGCUGUUUCAUGUAAUGCUCAGAAUGCUUGAUGUGCAAAAAAAUCUGGAAUGUACUCAACAAUAAAAGAAAUAUUUACAGGAAGAAA